AUGAAAUUUCUUUCAGCAAUAAAUCUUAGACAUAAUUCGUCAUUGGUCAUCACUUGUAUUCUACUAAUAAUAUUAGGCGUUAUCCGAUGGUUUUUCGAUGGAUCAACAAUAUUUAUUAAGUCUCCCGCUCAACCACAUGCAACUUCUUCAUCUAUUGGUUCGAAUAAAAAGCAAAUUGUUUUCUAUCGUCGGCAGGGUUGUUCGUGUGCACGACCUAUUUUUGAAUAUGCAUCUAAUGUUCUAGUUGUUGAUGAAACAUCUUCAUCUCUUUGUAGUCAAUAUGCAACAUUUCGUGGCUUUCAUCAACGUAUUAUAGCUAUUAGUAUGUAUGGCCCGAAAGAAAAUACUUUAUUUAGUUUUAAAACAUCAUUGAAUUUUCUAUAUGAACUUAUUGAUGACAUGACAAAUAUUUAUCCUGGCUGGAUCUUACGAAUCUAUCAUGACUCAUCGAUCAAAGAAGAUAUUAUUUGUCCGAUUGAAUGUGCGCAUAAUCAUGUUGAUUUUUGUAAUGCAAGCGCGAUGGGAAAUCUACGUAAUGUAAAUAGCUACAUGCCACCAAAAAUUUGGCGUUUUCUACCUGUUGGUGAUCCACUUGUUGAUGUAAUGGGUAGUCGUGAUCUUGAUUCACCAUUGGCACAACGCGAGCUAGAUGCUGUUAAUUAUUGGUUAUCAACAAAUAAACAAUGGCAUGUAAUGCGUGACCAUCCAUUACAUACUGUUCCAAUGCUUGGUGGUAUGUGGGGCUUUCGUCCAGAACUUAAUCGAACAAUGGCUCGGCAACUUUUGAAUCAGAUUUUAAAUCGUUCAUUAGUGAGCCGAUAUACUGGCCGAGGUGAUCAAACAUUUCUAACAGAUUAUGUAUGGCCCCAUAUUCAAGAGCAUCUACUAGCACAUGAUAGUCAUUUAUGUACUACAUGGUAUGGAAAAAAUUCUGAACCAUGGCCAACGCGUCGACCAUUAUUGAAUGCCACAGGUUGUUUUGUUGGAUGUGUACGGCCUUGUUGUCGAAUAAAUAAACAUCCAUUUGGAGAAUGUCCAGUGGCUUGCCGGCCAAAAAAUCAUACAGAUUGGACAAUGUGUUAG